AGACAUCCACGAACAGACGCCCAGAGAGAGAGAGAGAGAGAGAGAGAGAGAGAGUUAGAGAGAGAAGAUACGAAGAACGGUCGAAACGCAGACGGCUGUUAAGAUGUCGUACUCCAGAAGAUCGAGGUACUAUGAUUCGCCUUCGCCUUACGGGCGCCACAGCAGGUCGGUAUCCAGAUCUCCGUCAAGGAGCAGAUCAAGAAGCUGUGACUCGAGUGACGCCGAAAAUCCCGGAAAUAAUUUGUACGUGACAGGACUUCCAUCCCGGGUCACGAAGAGGGACAUUGAGAAGCAUUUUUCAACCGAAGGAAAGGUUGAGAAUGUUCAUCUGGUUAUUGAUCCAAGGACGAGGGAAUCUCGCGGGUUUGGUUUUGUGACUAUGUCGACUUUGGAAGAGGCUGAUCGCUGUAUCAAGUACUUGGAUCGAACUGUCUUUGAAGGCAGGGUUAUUACUGUCGAGAAGGCUAAACGAGGGAGGGGGCGAACACCUACUCCAGGAAGGUAUCUUGGGCUGAAAACAGUUCGUGGGGGUGGUCGUCGUUCUCCGAGCUACUCACCUUAUUCAAGAAGUCGCUCUCCGAGCAGAGGCAGGAGCAGGAGUCGGAGCAGAUCAUACUCUCCUUACUAUGGAGGUAGACGAAGAUCAUACUCACCGGCCUAUUCAAGGCGUUGUCGUAGGUCGUCACAUUCUCCAGAUGAAAGAUGUUAUUCAAGGCGUCGCUCUCCAUCGUAUGAUAGCAGGUCUCCUUUGAGGAGGAGGCGUGAGCGCUCGCACGACUACUCACCCAAUGACCGUUACUACAGAAGAAGCUAUAACAGGGAUUACUCCCCCGAUACAAGAUAUAGGUCUUUACGGGAUUACUCUCCUGAUGACCGUUACUAUGGUAGAGGCAGAAGCCGAUAUAAUGCUGACCGAAGUAUUUCACCUAGGCAUAGGGGGCGUCGUACAAGCUAUUCGCCUGGUGGGAGUUACUACUCACGAAGCAUGUCACCGAGGAGUUGCUACUCAGAAAGUGUGUCUCCAUCUCCGAGGGGAAGAUCAAGAUCAAGGUCAAGGAGGAACAAGUAUGAUGGGAAGCGGAGCGUAUCCCGUUGUCGUUCGAAGCGGUCUUAUGAAUCACGUGACAGCCGCUCUUCAAGAAGACACACUAGGAGUCCAAGUGCUACUUCUUCAUCGUCUACUCGUGCGGUUACUCCUACCAAACCCUCCCCAUAGGUUUCAUUUCCAUGUUUGUCGUAGUUAUACUUGGAUAAUCAGUUCUGUGAUUAGGUACGUGAACAAACGUUUAGCUCUACAAUGAGAUCUAACGAUGGGCGUUGUUGUUAAGGUUCAUAGUUUCGUUGCAGCUCAAGUUUGUUGAACAGUGAAUGUACUAUUCAUGUAUUGUUAUGGCUGCUCCCUUAUUCGUGACCUGCUUUAUUUUUUA